CACCGGGUGCCUACGCAGCAUUAACAUCGUUCUCUCCGGUGGUCAGCGAAGAGUAGACAGCAGUAUGGCAAAUACGUCGAGCUUCCUCUUCAGUGUGUUUCCCGAACGAGAUCCACGAACCAAGGACUGGGAGACGUUGCGGAACCCUAUCUACAUGACGGUUACUCUUGCAACGUACUUGUACAUCGUCAAGAGGUGGGGACCGGAGUAUAUGAAGAAUCGCAAGCCGUACGACCUCAGAAAGAGCGUCAUGGCCUACAACCUGUUUCAAGUGGUGGCUAACGUUUACUUCUUCUCCAAGAUAUUCUACCAUUCUUUCUGGGCAGCUGGUUACAGUCCCAUCUGUCAAGCCCUGACAUUCGGCACGGACUACCACGCCACGUCUCUUCUUCACGCCCUCUACUGGUACCUGGUGGUGAGGGUAGCUGACUUCCUAGACACUAUGUUCUUUAUCCUCAAAAAGAAGUUCUCCCACAUCACUGUACUCCACGUAACUCAUCACACGUUGGUGGCUUUUAGUGGUUGGAUGUUCAUGCAGUUUGGAGCGGACGGGCAAACAGUCCUGGGAGUGUGUCUGAACUCGUUUGUACACAUUGUCAUGUAUUCGUAUUAUUUCUUAUCCGCGUUAGGACCUUCCGUUCAGAAGUACCUGUGGUGGAAGCGGUACUUGACUACGAUACAGAUCGCGCAGUUUGUGUACAUGAUCUUUCACUUGUCUCUUCCUCUGUACUUCGAUUGUGGAUAUCCUCGCUCUUUCCUUCUCAUCAUGUUCCCGCAGGUCAUAUUAAUUUUGGCUCUGUUCGUAAAUUUUUACGUUCAUUCGUACGUCAAGCGCGACGGAAAGGGUAACAUCAGUAACGCUUGUUUCGCGCAGGCGCAGUUGUACACGAGGGGACCCGCGGACGCAAAAAGCAAACGGGGAUAGCGAAGCGGUCAUUGUGAUAAGGUUUGAUAACACCAUGCAAUGCUUGAUCAAGCGUUGACCUUGCUUGGGGAAAAUUGUCGUGAUUGAAGUGCAAAGUUGUAAAUAUGUGCUAGAAUUUCACGAGUGAGUUGACCUCAUUCGUUUCAUUCGUUUCAGAAUUCGUAGAAAGGUGUGGCAACUAUACAGCAUUCACGUCACAGAGUGAAACACGCAUUCCUUUAAAGAGAAGGAGCUCAUCUGUAGCCAUCCACAUAUCCCUCGUGUUGCGCUAAUCCCCUGCUUUUCUUGCAUGUGCAAGCCCGCGCGAAAUAUGUGCGUGAUUUGAAGAUAGUUCCGUUCCAAUAAGCGUUCAAAGUUAGCACAGUUGCUAUAAUGUCUGUCAUUCCCGGCGGUGAAACACUUCAAUGAUCCUCACCAAAAUAGAGUUGUUGCUGUUUGUCAUUUCAUAUAGGGUACCGAAACACGCGCGGUGAGACUCCUCAUGUCAUCAGCAUCAUAUAGUGUAUGUUGUUUGUCACUUGUGGUAGCUUCUGAUGCGCUAAGGCGUGAGCCACUCGCAAGCCACUGCAAUCUCUG